GUAGGUUUGUGUGGGGAUCUCUUGUGUUGGUAGGGUUUAUUUUGUUCAUGACUGAGCCUGCUGCAGCUCUUGGCGGGAGCAAAGAGGAUCAUGCGCUGACCUGCAGAAUUGCACAGCCGUCUCAUCCACCUGCUCGUCGAGCCACCACCUCCGCCACCUGCUCCACCAAAGUCGAUCGUGGCCGACGUGUGGACGUGUUUGGUCUCAUGAACGUUAAGCUGGGUAAGCUACCAAAGAAGCUGUGUUCCCUGAUUGAGGGUCUGGACCUGGAAGCCGCUGUGUGCCUCUGCGCCGCCUACAAAGCCAACGUCUUAGGUAUCGACCUUAACCUUGCUGCUGAAGUGGACUUGUUUCUCAAAUACUGUGGAAAAGGAACCGUGCAAAAGAAAAAGGCGGCGUCCCCAAAAAGGCUUCAUCGCGCUUAAUUAGUUCAAUGCCUCUCUCAGUAUCUCCACUUUUCUGCUGAGCUUUUUAUUUUGAUUUCUCUUUUCUUUCGGAUUACAGCGUCAAUAAGUUCUUGAUAUAUUG